AUGAACGAAGUGUUGGCUCGGAGACGGUCGUGGACACAGCAGGUGUCGACGCUGGGGGAGAAGCUCGGGCGGCGACUGUCGGUGAGCGCAAAGAGCAGGGGCGAGGAUGGUGGUGGAACGAAGGAGAAGAUAAGGAGGGAGGACGGUAGUUAUCUGCGCCUGGUCGACGACGGCGACUCUGCAACCCCGGCCCGUUCCGUCUCUCGCGGACGCGAAGUCUACCACUCGUCCGGACGCGGCGGACUGGGAAACAUCCGGCCUGCUUCCCAAGAUCCUGCUUCCCCUUCUCCUUCCCGCGAGCCUCAGGACCCCGACAACUUCUCCCCGGUGCGCGGCCGGGAACCCUCCGUGAAAGACACUCCGCUGGACCGCAUCGUCUCCACCGGCCGCGGCGGUGCCGGUAAUAUCCGGGCUACCUCUCGCUCCAUGUCCCGCGACCCCAACGCCAUCGAGGAGGAAAAAUAUGAGGCUAGCGUCAUCCACGCUAGCGAGGAGGCAGCCCGCGCCGGCGUAUACCACUCCGGCCGCGGCGGAGUCGGGAAUAUCCACCCCCACUCCCCGAGUCCAGCGGCGUACCCGCCCUCGGCCUAUCCCACGUCGCUCCCCAAGUCGGAGUCGCGCUCGCGCUCGCGUCCCCCGCUCCAUUCCACCGGCCGCGGCGGCGCGGGAAACCUCCGUACCGGUGCAGUGGCCGACUCCGAAGUUGCAGAAGUCGCGGACAUUGAGGAAGCGGAGAGGGCACGCAAGGCACACGGCGAGGGAGUGCACUCCACCGGCCGCGGCGGCGCCGCAAACGUAACCGCCGUCCCCGCCCCGCGCUCCCCCUCCCCCGCGCCGACGCACCCGUCCGACGCGCCCACCUCCACCGGCCGCGGCGGCACCGGCAACAUCCACUCGCGCGAACCCUCCGCCGUGCGCAGCGGGGACGCGCGCAGCCCCUCCAAGGAGCCGGGCCACCACCACGGCCUCGCCGGCGUGUGGAACCGCGUCGCGCACCCGCACCCGCACCCGCACCCGGAGGGCGAGCGGGGGCGGGCGCGCGAGGCGGAGAACGGGCUGGCGAAGCCUGAGAUGGAGCUGCAGGAGCUGCGGGCGUGA